AUGGUUCGCCGCAUGUUCCGGCUGUCCGACAUGAUACCCAACGCCUGGUUCUACAAGCUCCGCGACAUGGGCGCCCAUGGACGCGGCGGCGUUGGGGUGCAUCAUCGGUCCUCGUCGGCGCGGUCCUACCAGCAGCCGCCGUCGGCUCGGGGGUCGUCGGCUCGGUGGAGCGUGGAGGCCGUGCAGCGGCCGCCGUCAUCCGGGUGGUACAGGGAGGUAAGCAACGACAUCCAGCAGCCGGAGGCCGACGUCGAGCCGCCGGUCACGCCGACGAAGGAGUCGCCCCGUGUCCCGCUCCCUCGCAGGGCGUCGUACUACUACUCCACCAGAGACAGGGAGGUCCCGGCGCCGCCGGCUCCGAAGCCGCCGAGGGUCAAGGACGCGCAGUCGCCGACGAGGAGGUCCCGGAGGCGACACAAGGUGGACCACGCGCCUGAAGAAAGAGGACCCGCCCGGGGGAAGGAACCCGUGGUCGGCGCGCUAGGCAGCUCCGGUCGGCGUCGUGACAUGUGCAUCAAGAGUGACGGCGGGGAGCCCCGGAGGCCAACGGUGAGAGGCCCGGCGGACGACGGCCGCAACGUCAAGGUGAUCGCGUCGCACAACGAAAUCAUCAUCGACCUGCGGGACGAGGACACGCCCGGGAGAAGGCUCCGGCCAAUCGUGACCAAGCCGGCGAGGAGACGACCUGUGCCGAACGAGCAGGAUGGCAGCCAAGCCGACCUCGCCGACGUGACCGCGAGAGCGAGCUCUGCCUCCGACAAGAGCAGCGUCAGCAGGCCGAGGCGUUCUUCCGCAUCAUCGUCGGGCCGCCGCCGCCUCAAGACGCUCUCCAAGAGCCCGCGUCUGGCCGCCACCGCCAGGAAAGUGCACCCGCCGUCCCGGAAAUGGACGGCACCGCCGCCACCGCUGCUGGCGCCGGUGAUCGUGAGCAGCUACCCGGUGGUGAAGAUGUCGGAGGACCCACGGCAGGACUUCCGCGAGUCCAUGGAGGAGAUGAUCAGCGCCAAGGGCAUCCAGGAUGCGGAAGACCUGGAGGACCUCCUGGCCUGCUACCUCUCCCUCAACGACGCCGCGCACCAUGACCUCAUAAUCGACGUCUUCGAGCAGAUUUGGGUGAGCCUCGCCGGCGCCAGGCCUUGA